AGAGCAUAGUUAUGCGUGCCGAGGACCACACAAGAGAAAAAAGAAAAAACUAUUAGUAUUUGCUCAUUUAGAUUCUUAUUUGGACAAUGUUUUAGGUUUAGUAUGUAAAAUGCACAUUGGUUGUAUGUAAAGCCUCUACUGUCCUGGUGCUGUAAAUGGGCUGGUGAGUGAACUGCAUUGGAGACUGACAACAGUGCAGAGGAUAGAGAGGAAGAAAGAAGCGGGCGCCUUAGCAACAUAGCUAGUCUUUUAUUAUUUUAGCGUUAGCCUUUAGCUCUUACUGGCAGAACUGAGGAAUGUCGGGUUGAAAAUGUGAGGCUCGCCAGAGAUGAUGCGGAAUUUGACGGUUGCGCAAAGCCGCAACAAAGCACACAGGCCGACUGAAAGGACGCGCAGGAGGAUGUUUAUUCCCUACCUGAGUGAGUAGACCCAUGUGGACAGGAGGCGUUCCUUAAUCUCAAAGCCCCUCCCCUUCCCUUACCCAUUCCCCUCCUUGAAUCCUGCCAUUGGUGGUUCUUUUUACACCUAUCACACCUUGGUCACCAUGACGUCCACUCUGCAGACGUUGGCCUUCAAACUGGCUCUGCCUCCACGAGAAGUCGGUCCAGAGCCACGGGAUCCUUGCGAUUUGGGAACGGAUCGUCAGUAUGAGGUGGUACCCUCCGUGGUCUGUUCCAUGUGCUGCCUGUUCGGCAUCAUCUACUGCUUCUUUGGCUACCGCUGUUUCAAGGCCGUGCUCUUCCUGACAGGCCUGAUGUUUGGCUCGGUGGUGGUCUUCCUGCUGUGCUACAAGGAGCGAGUGCUGGACACACAGCUGAGCGCUGAGGCAAGCGCAGGUAUCGGGCUGGGCAUCGGCACACUGUGCGGUCUGGUCACCAUGCUGGUGCGCAGUGUUGGUCUCUUCAUGGUGGGCCUGCUGCUGGGUCUGCUGGCAGGCAUUGGCACUCUGGUGGGCAUGGAGGAGUUGUCAUCAGCACCACCACGUUCUGUGUGGGUGCCACUCGGGGUGCUGCUGGGCCUGGGAAUGCUGUUCGCUGUUCUCACGCUGCAGUGGCAACGCUUCUUCACCACACUGUCUACAGCAGCAUUUGGAGCAGCCGUCAUCGCUGUGGCAGCUGAUUACUUUGUGGAGCUGUUUGUGUUGGUGCGCUACAUCUACGAGCGGGUGAAAGCUGUACCGGCGCGCUCGCAGUGUUGGGUGACAUGGGCUGUGCUUGGAGCCUGGCCUGCCCUUGCCCUGCUCGGAGCACUCGUGCAGUGGCGGGUGACAGCUGAGGGAUACUCCCAUACUAAAGUGAUGAUAAGCCGUCAGCAGCGACGAGUGCAGCUCAUGCGGAUCCGACAGAAGGAGGAGAGGAGAGAGUGCAGCAGGAAGAAGAGGAGGAAGCAGCAAUCUCAACAUCACACACACUCAGGCAAAGCCAUGCACCCAGAACCACCGUACCGUAGGAAACCCCAGCCCGUCCGUCGCUAUGAUGGAGAUGUUCUCUCUCCGAGCUACAUCCAGAGUUUCCGAGAACGGCAAGGGGAAGGGUGUGUGUAUCCUGGUGCCCGCCUCUCUGGCACACACACAGCCGUGGACAUGGACUACGACUGCGGCUCAACCGUCCCCCUCACCUCUGGGGCUGGACCUAACCUUCGAGUGUGACGACACACGCUCGUACAUGGUUACGCACUCUGACACGUUCAUCUCACUGUCCUGGUGCUGUCCCUGACCCGUCUGUGCGUACACAGGUGUAAAAACUGUAUAGACAGUGAGCAGGGGGAAAGUUACAGGCAUGAGCAUGUUGCUUAAGGAGUGUAUUCAAGAUUUGCACGCCACUUACACACACCCAUGCACUCCCAUUCGUGCAUACGCACACUCCUGCUAAACAACGUGUGCCUCAGUCACGGCACAUCAGUCACUCUUAAAAUUAUGAGGUGAGCAUCAUCUGUAAAAGAAUAAAUCAAGACCCAGCUCCAUCACACUUUUUUUUUUUUAAACACAAUGUCAGUGUGGUAAAGCGGUGCAGUGAACCCAUAUAAACAUUUCACAUCUGUCCUGCAUUAUUGCAAUGAGAGAAUUCUCUCUUGGUGCUGAAUCUUGUAACAUAAAGAUCCUUCUUCUCGUUGUAAAUCUGUGGAUUCUUCCAUUUCCAUCUGCACUGUCGUAUGUGUUUCACACGUUUUCAUGAACUGUACCAAAUAGCUGUGCAGGAGGGGGAUUGCCUUGAGACUCCAGAGGGAGGCUGUCUCAGGAGAAUCUGCUCCUUGGCCUCGUUUUAAUGAGGCUGCGGGAGAAAGAGCCAUAUUACAGCACGCUAUCUGGUGCAGUCUGAGCGCAAUUUCUGAUGGCGGAGCUAAAGCGAUACUCAGGGAUGGCUGGAACACUGCGAACUGUUUGAAUGGAUAUGGAAAAGGAAGACGGAGCUUUUUUUUUUGGGUUUUUUUUUUUUUUGUAAUUGGUUUUGGCAUCUGCAAAUCCCCUGUCACUCAUUUGCUGUGCUUUUGCUGUGCCAUUGUAAAGUGUCGUGAUGAUGCUCAUGCCAUCUACUAACAUCUGUGGUGUCCUUAAGAACAAAAUAGGCUUUCUCAUUUCUGAUCUGUAUAUUUGAGAAGACCACGCUCUUCCAGGGUAUUUGUUGAUCUCUCUCUCUCUCUCUCUCUCUCUCUCUUUUAUUCUGUUGUCCUUGCUGUAUGUUUCAGUCAAGUCACUGCACUUUCUUGUACAUAGAAUGCACUAGAAUGCACAUUUUCCAGUUUUAUUUCCUUUUCUUGUUUAUCUGACUUCCUCGUGAACCGCUUUAGCUUUUUUAUUUAUUAAGGUGCUGAAUCACGAUGUUUAUUUAUUUGAUGGCUUAUUUAUUUGCAUUUGAGACAUGCUUACAGAACAUUCCCCCUCUGACAGCAGUUUGGUCGCAAAGACAUGCACCUUACAAUCUAAUGUUGUUAUUCUUAUUAUAAAGCAUGUAUUUGUAUGAACCUGGAUAUUAUGAUAAAGUAUGUGAUUCCAAAA